CAUUGCCUGUCUUUGUAGCGUGAUCAGCUCCAUCUACACAAAGUCGUGUGUACUUCAAAAGUGAAAAUCAGUAACCAAAAGAGCAUCAGGGAACACGAGCAGGAUCUGAGCAGGAGGAAAGUAGUAGAGGAGGAACAGCAAUAUAGAGGAAGUAUUUCGGCAUAGGCUGGGACCUGGAAUUUCUUUUCAGUGUAUCUUUUGUUGCUGCGACUGAUUAAAAAUACCAGUGAAUGUGUCUGUCGUGAAAUUCUGUCGGCCGGUUGUGAACAUAUUUACUCCAGUUAGGUUUCUGGAAAAUAAUCUCGCUGAGGUGUCGAGAUACAGCCUGCCCCAAAAUGAGUGACAGUGGUGCUCAGACUUCGCAACAGCAAUUUUCAGCUCCAAGAGGAUGGGAAGCGCUGAAAAACCACGUAAUAGACCACAAAGUAGACGUUGCUCUGUGGGCUACCCGACUUUGUACUGUGUUCUUCUCUUUGUCGUAUAUUUUGCCCAUUUUUGUGCACCCUUACAGUGCUUAUUAUAAAGCAUUGAUGUCAAAUGCAGCUACUAGUGCACUGCGACUUCACCAACGUAUUCCACGGGUUACUCUAUCCCGUGAAUUCCUAGCACUCCUAUUGGCUGAAGAUAGUUGUCAUUACUUAUUUUUCUCACUAAUAUUUUUGUAUGUGUCACCUGUGACAAUUUUGUCAUUAUUUUCCAAUUCUCAGACACUGGGCCAGAACUCAUGGUGGGCUGCUCGGCUGUUGAUUUCGAUGGUGGAGUUCCAAUCCCGGAACAUUUUGCGGCUGGUUGCCUUCACAGAAAUAUUCCUGAUGCCUAUGAGUGUUGUUCUCGUUUUCCUAGGCCGCUGUGGUUUGCUGACUCCUUUUAUUUACUACCAGUUUCUUGGCUUGCGUUACACAUCACGCCGCAACCCAUAUACUCGCAACAUGUUUUAUGAGCUUCGGCUUCUGCUUGAGCGUACAGCUAAUAAGCCAGGCCUCCCUUCAUUCCUAAGAACAGUUCUCAUGUCAAUUGUUACAUUCACAUCAGGUCUUGCACCACCUAUGGGAGAGGCAGGUCAGGCAGGCCGUUAACUCCAGUGUUAUGUGGCAGAAACGAGCCAGUUUUAUACAGGUGUCAGCAAUUGCAAGUUCUAAACUGCAAUGUUUAAGUUUUUGGUACUCCGUAUUUUUCAUUGAAAUUUCUCUUCAGUUCACCUUUUGUGUGAAAUAAUUCAUUAAACAAUCCAUAUAUAUUCCAUUUAUACCGUAAGUGAAUCAUAGAUCAGUAUUUUGUUUGAGAGUAUUGUGUGUAAAUCAAGGAAUAUGAAUUUUUUAAAGUGGUGAUUGAUUAUUACAAGCUGUGUUACUUAUGAGCAAAUUACAAUAACCGUGGAAAAAGGAAUCUUGAGUACAGACAAUGUGCCUGUGAAAUUGUAUUUUGUCCAACAGUUGUGGUGUCUUUUUUUAGUGCAUACUGGAUAGUUCUUUUUAAACCAAAAUAUGGAAGAUUAAGGAAAUUGGAUUAAAUGACAGUUUUAUUCCAAAGACUAGAUUUCACUUCUGUUGGCUUGACAUUUUCAUUUUCUUAUUGCAACCUGUGUGUGCCUUGAUGUUUUAUCACGUUAGGUGUAAUGUUUCUUUGGAGUGUGUAUUACAACUACCUCUGUGUUAUAUUGCUUCUGCAAAGUGUCACUAUUUGUAUUAUGUCCAUGACAUGCACUCUAGGAAUCUUUGUGUAUGCUGUUCACAACAUUUAAUGAACAUUUGUGAGAAUUGUUCUUAAAUCUUCAUAUGAAAGUUGUAUUUACAGGCUUAAAUGAAAAAUUCAGAACAUUGUCUUGUUAACUUAGUGUUACCAUUAGAACACAGGUGAAUUCUUGUCAAUAAAUACAUCUUUGCAGAAGACCCUUUGAGGGAGCCAUGAAACAGUUGUGGUGAAUUGACUGGUACAUGUAAUAUUGUCCUUUGCAGAGAACGUGUAACAAACGAAAUGCAUUUGUUUUGUACUGGGAAUUUUUUUUAUAUGUAAUAAAAACAGUUACAUAUUGCAUACUGGAUGUUUGUUUGGUUGAUAGUUUAAUACAAGUUGCUCAUCAGGUCAUACCUGAAGAGGAACCAUAAGUAUAUUGACAAAAGUUUUCAAUUACAGUAAGGAUUUGUAUAACAUGAGUGUUGUGUUAUUGUUAUAUGUUUAAUUUUGGUUGUAAUUUUACUAUUUGGACUCUGCUAAUAAAUUUUUGGUGUUAUUUUGGUAU